CUUUAUCCUCUUCUCUCCCUAGAGGUCUCCGUUGCGCAUAGUCACUUCUGUCAUGCGCUGAAUUACUUCUUUUUAUCUAUUACCCCACAAAAUGUCCUCUUCCGAUCUAGCCACAGAACAUCCGGAAGCACAGCUGGAGCAUGACUCGACCCUAGUCCUUGACAAGGCCGUCUCACUCACCCUGAGCAGCGACUCACUACUGAUCCUUGACGAUCGCCCCCAUCGCAAAUCGACCCGUGGCUGCUGCGGUUUAUGCAAGUCGAAAGCGAACACCAAGACUACGCAUGCGAUCUCCUUGUAUAAUGUCCUUGACGCCGAAAUCAACCCGUCGAGCUUAGUGAUCACCUAUGCUCAACAUUCGUCAAAGGAUGAUGUCUCCGUAACCGCCCUACACUAUCCGGUGGGCGAGAAAGAGAAGCCCGCUGUCGAGGCCUGGAUGAACAAAUUGUUGGAUCUAGCUUACGGUACGGCCCAGCGCAGAAAGCGACUCAAGGUCUUGAUCAAUCCCUUUGGUGGCAAAGGCAACGCCGCGAGCCUUUACCAGAAAUACUCGGCGCCGAUCUUUGCCGCCGCGCGGUGUCAAGUGGAUGUACAGAGCACAGAAUACCGUGGACAUGCCAUCGAGAUUGCGGAACAUCUCGACAUCGACGCGUACGAUGCGAUUAUCUGCUGUUCUGGUGACGGUCUCCCAUAUGAGGUCUUUAAUGGACUAGGCAAGCGGCCUAAUGGCCGGGAAGCAUUGGCUAAAGUGGCCGUGGCACUGCUGCCCUGUGGUUCUGGGAAUGGUCUGACGUGGAACUGUCAGGGUACAGGUAGUAAUUCGAUUGCGGCGCUGUGCAUCGUCAAGGGCCUGAGAACUCCUCUUGACCUGGUCUCGGUCACGCAGCAGAACACACGCACACUAUCGUUCCUUUCCCAGUCCUUUGGUAUCGUUGCCGAGUGUGACCUCGGUACCGAUCAUAUCCGCUGGAUGGGCGCUCAGAGAUUCACCUACGGCUUCCUGGUCCGUCUGUUGCAGCGCACGAUCUGGCCUUGUGACCUGGCCAUCAAGGUUGAAAUGGAUGACAAACAGGCGAUCAAAGAGCACUACGCCGCUUGGAGAGCCAAGGAGGAAGAGGACGACCCUCUUGCCGACCAGAACCGCCUUGCUGCCGCUAAGCAAUCACCGGCGCUGCCAGAACUUCAGUUCGGCACCGUUAAGGACGAGCUUCCCAAGGAAUGGGAAGUCAUCCCAGGCGAGACCAUGGGCAACUUCUAUGCUGGAAACAUGGCAAUCAUGUCUAAAGACACCAAUUUCUUCCCUGCCUCGCUUCCUAACGAUGGUCUCAUGGACAUAGUCACAAUUGACGGAACUGUUAGUCGUGGCACGUCGCUCAAGAUGAUGACGGAGAUUGAGACUGGUGGCUUCUUCAAUAUGCCAGACGUCAAGAUCCGCAAGGCCAUUGCAUAUCGCCUUGUGCCCCACCAAAAGGAGGGAUACAUCAGCAUCGACGGUGAACGGGUUCCCUUUGAGGCAUUCCAGUGCGAGAUCCACCAAGGUCUGGGCACGGUGCUCGCGAAAUCGACGCGUGUGUAUGAAGCUGACGGGCCGAGGUGAUGUGUGUCGGUCACUCUUCUAUCUUUGCUUUUUGUGGUUUUUUCUAUAUACCAAUACCCUACAGUGUGCCUUGGGCCUCUCUUGCUACCCACACUCAUGAUACCCUUGCGCAAGAGGUCUGGCAGUUGAACAUAUUGUUUCCUUCUCCUUUAUUUUUGCUUUGACAAUGGGUUAGCAUGUGUUUCUUUGCUGUCUGCUGGCUGCUCUCCAGACUACCUAACAUCUUGGCCCAAGCUGUGCACAUAGCCAUUUAAUCUUGAUUAGAUGUCAUCAUUAUUGUUCUUCUAUGCGGACACGUUUCGUAGGUAAAAUAUGUCUUUGGAAAUCAUUAUCUAGACUACUUUUGAACCAGGUUCAUGUUUCGCUAUAAAGAUGCUGUACAGAGACUCGAGACCAAAGGGCUGCUUUUUUGCACCCACUAAUCAUCGAAUCCACCCCACUCGCCUUCACUAUCUUCCUGCUCCUCCUCCACUUCCCUCGUACGGAUUCCCCACUCUACCAACCGGUCGUCGUCAAGAGCAUCAAUGGCUCUUGUCCGAACAGGCUUGUAUGGGCUCUCCGUACGCAAAUUCUCCAAGGGCCGCAAAAGCAGCCCCAUGGGCACAUCACCCUUGAUCUUCCUAUUCGUCGCUUCACCCUCCGAGUCGCUCUCGCCUCCCUCAAACUCCAAGACCUUCUCCAACUCAUCAACCCAAAGGUCAAUUAGAUGAUAGCGCAGCCCAUCCGGUCCGUGAGGCAUGGGAAUAAAGUUUGGAUCCUUCUCGUCUACAACGGGCUUGGAGGAGUGAUCAGGAUCAAAGUUGACAGGACAUAGAGGACCUUCCUCGAUGAUGGAGAUAUAAGCCUCGAGAUCGGCCCACUUGCCAUCUCCCUCUGCGGUCUCGGUCUCUGCAGGAGCAGGCUCGCUCUCAGCCUGCUUCUUUUGCUUCUUGCCCCGGCCCUGCUUGCCAUUGUCUUGGCGCUUGCGCUUUUUGGCAUCUCCGUUGUCGGUUUUGUUAGAGCCCUUGACGAAGAUCUCGAAUGCAACUCCGACGUAGCAACGGAUCAGGAACAGGUAUUUGUCCAGUCGCAAGCGAUCCAGGGAGUGGAAGUCACGGCCGAUGGUGAUCCAGAAGGCGCGCAGGAAGCGGUGGAGGGUAGCAUGGGGGAGCGAGGGGACGAGGGAGUAGGAGAGUGCGCGGGCGAGGGCUUGUUGCGUAAGAGGUCG